AUGACCAUCCUUCACUACGCUGCCACAGCCCCAGUAAACCCCUCUGGCGCCGCGCCCGUCCUCACGGCCGCUCAAGUCUGGGAGGGCCUGCGCCGCAAGAUCCGCCACGCCGACCAGUUCGUGCCACUCAUUACUUCGUGCGUCGUCGAGAAGGAGGAGAGCAACGUGGUGCACCGCCGCGUCGCCUUCGAGGGCUCCAAGGAGAUGACCGAGGUGUGCACGGAGCUGGCCCCGCACAAGGUCGAGUUCCGCCUCGAGGAUGGCACCGAGAUUGAGAACAUCCUCGCCCCGGGACCGAGCGGCGGCCCAUCAGACUUGUACUUGACGUACUCGUUCAAGUGGAAGUUUCCCAAGAUUGAACAGGGCAGCCAGGAGGAGCAGGACAUGCGUACGCAGCAGCAAACGAUGGCGCUUGGCGCGGUGCAAUCGACGAUUAAAGUCAUCAGGGAAAUGGUCUCGGAUGGUAGAUUGAAGGCAUAA